CCGCGUUACCAUGGCGGCGGCGGGCGGCGAGCGGCAUCCGGAGCGCGGCGGCAGCGGCAGCGGCGGCGGCAGCGGCGGCGGCAGCAGCCCGGGCGGCGGCGGGGGCUCGGUGGAGCUGGCGGCGGCGCGGCGGCGGCUCCUGGCGGCCGAGGGGCGGCGGCGGGCGGCGGCGGAGCUGGAGGGCCGCGUGCGGCAGGUGCACUGCGCGCUGCGCCACGCCGAGCUGCGCCUGGCCGCCCGCGCCGAGAGCCUCGGCCGCCUGGGAGCCGGCGUGGCGCAGGCGCAGCUGGCGCUGGCGGCGCAGGGGCAGCGGCUGCAGAAGGGGCUGCGCCGUCGUCCGCGGGCCCGGCCCGCCGCGCUGCUCGCCGCCGCCCGCGCCCUGCGCAGCUGCGUGCCCUGGGGCGGGGGGGGGGCCGCCGCCGCCGCCGGUCUCCGCCGCCGCUCUCGCCCGCAGCCGCCGCCGCCCUCGCCCGCCGCCCGCCGCCUGCCCGAGCCGCGCAGCCCGGCCUGAGCGGGACCCGGGGCUGGGGGGGG